AAACUGAUAUAGGAGCACGCAAGGGACACAUUGAUCCUCCUAUAUGCAGCACCAAGAGAAAACAAAACAACGAAUUCAAAUUUUAUAAGACAAUAAAAAUUUCUUUAGAAACAACAAAAAAUCUUGGUUUAUCGUGAGAAUAUGGCUUUAACAAAAUUAACAUUGUUUUUGUUCUUCAUGGUGGCGGUGACUUUGUUUAGCAGUGCAUUAACCCGCAAAGCCAACCAAGAAAAGCUAAAAGUAUUGGUGCUCUAUGAGUCUUUGUGUCCGGAUAGUGUUCGUUUUAUGCAACGUCAACUGGGGCCCAAUUAUAAUGACUUAAAGGAUUACAUUGAUAUAUCCCUGGUGCCAUUUGGCAAGUCCUAUUCCGAGAAUAAUGGUGCUCAAUUCUAUUGCCAACAUGGACCCAAAGAAUGCCUGGGAAAUCGUCAACAAUCAUGCAUACUACAACAGACCAAUGAUCAAGAACAGCAAGUGGAGUUUGCCGUGUGUCAAAUGACAAUUUCCAAUAAAUCCAGAGGAAUUGAUGAUUGCGCCAGAUCAUCCGGUCUAUCCAAUGACAUCGAUACAUGCAUGACCAGUGAGUUAGGUACUCUGCUGCAACUGGAAGCGGAACAAAUUACGCACUCGUAUGCACCAACAUUUGUGCCCACCAUAGUUUAUGAUGGUGUUUUCGAUCAACAACUGCAGGACAACUCAUUGCGUAAUUUCCGUGGUACUGUUUGUUAUUUGUUGCAAAAACGAGGUGAUAUUUCCUUACACUCUGAUGUCUGUCAGUAAUGGCUUGAAUGGCAAGGAGGGAAUACAUGGGGAGAAAUAAGUACCGUCGAAUGCUCAUGAAACAACUUUAACGUAAGACUAUGUAAACAACAACCCAACGAUCAAAAUCUUUGCUUUGGCGCAAAUUAAAAGAAUAAAAAAAAAAUUACGAGUAUUAAUUUUUUUGAUAAAUAAAACAGAAAUGAAAACCGAAAAAUGUGGGUCAAUA